CUGUGCAUUUGCAUCACAGGAUACACACUCACACACAUGCACGCACUCAUAGCCUCUUACGCACUCAAUCAUAUCUCAAAGUGGAGUCGGACUGAGGAAACAGAAUGUCAGGGAAGGAAGCGCUGAAGCCAGUGGGAAAGCAGAAUUUGCCUGAAGAAGUCUGUAGAGCUCCUUUCUGACGUGCUGUGUAAGAGAUCUCAGUGAGACGUUUAGAUUCAUAACAGAGGGCAAAUAUCUGAUGAUAUUUUUGGAAAUAGGCCAGAAGACAAAAGGAGAAAGUGUUUGUUUUUUUUCCUUUCUUAGAUUCAGUUAAGUGGUAGAAACUCAACUUUCAAUUGGAUACCUCCCUCAAGACCUGGAGUUUUAAACACAGAAGACAUACAUCAGGAGGAAAUUCUUGAAAUUCUCUUUGUCUCUGACCACUCACCGCUGUUCAGGUCUCUCAGAGUCCCAUCAUUUUACCUCCAUCAGACUGCAGGAGGACACAUCGCCAGGUUUACCGCACACAUAAGCAAAGAAGAUGAGUCUGUCACGGAACGGGACACUGGAGAAGACGAUAUCUGAGCAUGGCCUCUCUGAGCGAGGCACCCCCUCCAGAGCGGGGUCAGGGGUCGUGGUGCCACCUCCGUACUCCCAGGGGGGAAGCGAAGCUGCUGACAACCCCCCGGAGUUGAGAGGCUCCCUGGACUGCUGGGCAUGCUCUGUGCUGGUCACUGCACAGAAUAUGAUCAUAGCACUGAUCAACGGCUUGUUGGCCAGCGUCGUGUUCGGCAUCAUCCUCACCCCGGCUCUUACUAUGAUCAUAUUCGGCUUCCUCUGCCACUCCACAGUGCAGCCCCAUGGAACAUCAGUGUAUUGCUCAGACCUGUUGGAUGACGGCAGCUGCGUGGCUCUGCUGGUUGUGGGCUUUCUGCUGCUCACCCCUCUGCUGGUCUUGGCGCUGGCUGCCUACUGUCGCCUGGCCCGACACCUCCAGCUGGGCAUGUGUUUCAUUCCCUACAGCCGCGCCGUCUACAAGAACCUGCCCGCCUCUCGCAGCCGGGGGGGUGAUGCAGGGGGCUGCUGUGGCCAGCAGGGAGCUUUGGAGAGGGAGGGGAAAGGCAGUGUCUGGGUCUAAGAGUGAGAGAUUUGUAUAUGGUUGUAAUAUGUAUCCCUGUUUAAUGACCAGAGCUGGGUUGUUUGAGUGUGGAUCUUUUUAAAAAAAAUGAUAAUUCCCACUGUAUUCUUUUUCUCCAUUGUAAAAAUCCAUUUCAUCAUUUAUAUUCAACGUUUGGACGUCAAUAUUUCUCUUUGUAUACAUGUAUUAAAUGUAUUUUAUACCUUUUUUUUUUUUUUUUUUUUUUACAAUAAACUGCCACUUCACUUGCUGAGCUUUGUGUUUCACACCUGCAGCAUGAUGGACUGAAGUCAACCAAUUGAAUUUAAGAGAAGUAUAAAGAAGGAUUAAAUACACAGAAUGGAUAAAGAGGUAAAAGACGUGUGUCUCAUGUAAACUUCCAUACACAAAAGUCUGUAUAUUUAGAUUGUAGCAUAUAUUAUUCAAGUCAAAGGCGUAGCAUUUGGGACAUUAUUGUUCUUUAGCUGCCAAACUCAUGUUGCUUAAUACUAAUUAAGCCUCUCACGCCCAAAACGAAGGCAGAUAGAUACAUUUUUUAGUAUUAUCUGGCUCAUUGAUGAUCAUCUCUUUGUUUACACUGACCAUUUGAGCUCUGCUUUGGAGCAGCAAGAACACUGUCUGUGAUAGCAGAGAUUUCCCAGGGUGAUGUUAAUAGUUUUAUUCUAACUUCUGUACAUAAUUUACACGUCAUAGAUUAUUUAAAGUGUCGUGAGAUUACUUUUGUUAUGAUUUGGCGUUCUAGAAAUGAAAGUGAAUUGAAUUAGAUCAGUUGAUUAUGUACUUGAUGUGUUGUUCAUUUCACUUUAUGAAAAAAUUGAAAAUGUUUUUGUCAAAUGAGAAUUUGUUAAAAAAAUAAUAAUACAUAUUAAGUCAGACCAAAGAACUGGUUUUGCUGUCAAGAAAUGACUCAAAAUAAAUUUAUUCUGGACCUUCAUCUACCUCUACUGGUGACUAAUAGAAACUGCAUUUUAUUUCUUUUGAUUUUGAUUUUGAUUCUAAUUCUCUUGAUUAAAUAAAACAAAAAGUAUUUUUUGUAUCUAAUAAAAAAAAUAUAUCUCCAUUGUAUGAUGAUUAUUAUUAUAUUUUGUAUCUUGAGAUGACUUUCAAUAAAGAGUAUUUUGUGAUG